AUGGGUGGAAAGAGGAAGCGGAAUACCGUCAAACCCAACUCCUCUCGGGUUACACAACGCCCAGCUACUUUACCAGCUCAGUAUGACUUCGUACCGAGGGAUCCAUCUCCGUCGAUCCCACCCGUUCUCCCUAAGAACAAACCUCUCCCUAAGAACAAUCCUCUCCCAUCUGUUCGCGAUUAUCCUCCUCCGAGAAAGCUGUUUCCGGAAACGAACUUCCCACCUUCUCAAUCAGCUCCGUCGCCUCUCACUCCAGCUGCUGCGACGUCUCAACCUCAACAUCGACAAACUCAGUCGACUGAACGUAUGAACACACUUCCUCCAAGUCAACCGGCUCCAGUUCGAGCAUCUCAAUCGCCUCACAGUUCUGAAGCACAAAAUUCUCGUUUUCCAGAAGAGGAGGAGGAGGAGGAUAUGUCCGAUGUAGAGGCUCCGGUUCAACCUAAUCUCGCCUCUGACCAUAUGGAUCUUUUGAACUCCCUUCUAAACCAGCCAGGUCGAGCGAAGAACACAAUUGUCCUGUCUCGCAACCUUGAGCCUGGAACCACAUGGUUUGGGUAUGACAAGUCGAGCUUGUCUAGGAAGAUUACCAAGAUUUUAAAGAACAAGUUUAAUAAGCCUUUCUACAGCUGGACUCGUGUGCCUAGAGACAGACAAGAACGCUACUUUCUGGAAUUUGCCGUAAGUUUCUCUGUCUCUUCUCUGUCUUUGAGUUAUUAUAGUUAUUAA